GAAAAUCGAGGCAUUGAUGUAGAUUGUAAUGGCUCAAUAGAUUUGCUUUGCUUUUACUCAGUGAUUCUUUGCCGAAAAAAAGGUAGCAAAUUAGCUUAUAUGCUGCUAGGUGUAUUAUGCAGAGGGCUGUGCUUCAGAUGUGAAAGUAUUCUUGCACUCAAUCAGACAAUUCCACAUUAA